AGCGUCCGGACUGGAAGGGGGGGAAAGUGUCCGGACUGGAAGGGGGUGAAAGUGUCCGGACUGGAAGGGGGUGAAAGUGUCCGGACUGGAAGGGGGGAAAGUGUCCGGACUGGAAGGGGGAAUAAAGUGUCCGGACUGGAAGGGGGUGAAAGUGUCCGGACUGGAAGGGGGGAAAGUGUCCGGACUGGAAGGGGGGGAAAGUGUCCGGACUGGAAGGGGGAAAGUGUCCGGACUGGAAGGGGGGAAAGUGUCCGGACUGCAAGGGGGGGAAAGUGUCCGGACUGCAAGGGGGGGAAAGUGUCCGGA